CGUUCCUCGUCGUGCUGCUCAACAAGGCGCUGCUGACCACCCACGGGCAGAAGCGGGGCGGGCAGCGAGGAGCUGGCAGGAAGGGCUUCUCUGGCUCAGGGUGAGGCCAGCCGGCCCCUGUGCUGCCUCGUCGUGCCUGCGUUCAUGCUGCUGACGCUGUGACGGCACUGAUGGACCGUGCGUCUACACCCAGCUGCACGUUUGUAGCUCUGCCCCUGGAGACAGGCCCACCGUCAGCGGUUUCCUCCGAUGCUAACACCGGUUUCCCAUCACCAAUUGUUCUUGGAAUUGGACAGAUGGCAGUCACCAUAAUGAUACUGUAUGUGUCCAAGCUAAAUAAAAUAAUUCACUUCCCUGAUUUUGACAAGAAAAUUCCUGUAAAGCUGUUUCCUCUGCCUCUCCUCUACGUUGGAAACCACAUAAGUGGACUGUUGAGCACAAGCAAAUUAAGCUUGCCGAUGUUCACCGUGCUCAGGAAAUUUACCAUUCCACUUACUUUACUCCUGGAAAGCAUCAUACUCGGGAAACAGUAUUCACUGAGCAUCAUUACCAGUGUCUUUGCUGUCGUUCUCGGGGCUUUCAUAGCAGCUGGUUCUGACCUUGCUUUCAAUUUGGAAGGCUAUAUUUUUGUCUUCCUGAAUGAUAUCUUCACAGCAGCGAAUGGAGUUUAUACCAAACAGAAAAUGGACCCAAAGGAGCUGGGGAAAUAUGGAGUGCUUUUCUACAACGCCUGCUUCAUGAUUAUCCCAACUGUUAUUAUCAGUGCCUCCACCGGAGACCUUCAGCGGGCUACUGAAUUCAACCAAUGGAAGAAUGUUCUGUUUAUCAUACAGUUUCUUCUUUCCUGUUUUUUGGGGUUUCUGCUGAUGUUCUCCACGGUCCUGUGCAGCUAUUACAACUCGGCCCUGACCACGGCGGUGGUUGGAGCCAUCAAGAAUGUGUCUGUUGCCUACAUUGGGAUGUUAGUUGGUGGAGACUACAUUUUCUCCGUGUUAAACUUUGUAGGGUUAAACAUUUGCAUGGCAGGGGGCUUGAGAUAUUCCUUUCUAACACUAAGCAGCCAGUUAAAAACGAAACAACCUGUGGAUGAAGAAAAUAUCCCUUCAGAUUUGAAGAGCUAGAAUCUGGGGCAGAAUUGCGGACUGACUUGUAGUAGGAAUGUGAAGCCAGAGGUUUCAGACUUGGGACAUUUACCCCCUGGGUAAAGCAUGGGAAUGUCUGCAAAACGCAAAGAGAACUACCUCACAGGCCACCUCACGAUGAGCCGACGUCGCCCGGAGAAACACAUUUUGCCAAACCUUACCAGCUGAAAGCGAUUCUUCACAACAAGCCAUCGGGACCUGCACAGGUAGAGCGCCGAGUGCUUGUCCACACCUGUUGACACUGUCCCAUCGCCACACCUGUGCCGAAGAGGAGGUUGAUGCUGUGGUGGGGACACUUUCUUUUCAGCACCUUGGCCUUAAUGUCAAAGGUCCCAGCCAAAGAAAAGUGCCAGUGAGAAUAUUUGUUUCACAAAAUUAGCCAAUUAAGUGCCCGUAAGGUUAUUUGUUAGCCUUGAUUUAAGCUAUAUUGGUGACUUUUCCUAAUCAUCAAAGUAAAAUAAAAAAUAUUUCUGUGUGUGC